AAUUAAUUAACUUUACUCAAAAUAAUUAGUAGUAAAGUCAGCAGCAAACAUGUUAACAAUUGUACAUAAAUCUGCUUACUAAUACAUGCAACAAAGUAAGACCCUUAACAACUGUAAUAAAGGAAUCCGAGUGUCAAAUGAGAAAAUGAUGAACUGUAAAAUCCUCAAAGAAAUUAAACAUAAUUAUGUAGAAGACAAUCUUGCUCAACCAUUUUUCACAGUUGUGCAAAGCCAUGCAGAAAGUGCCAUUUUCAUCACCAAAUUUUACAUCGACACGAAUUCUUGAAAUCAAUGCUCUAACCCCUUAUAAAUGCAGCUCAAAAAUGUCACAUUUUAAUGCCAUAAACAAGGCUUUGCAGUAAAAUCAGGGCUUCUUCAUCAUGAGAUUUGUGAGUGUUUUCUUGAAUCUCAUUGUUGCAGUCUUUGUGAUCUUGCCUGGUUUUGUUACUGCAACAAAUCCAUUUUGCCAUUUGAAAUGGCCAAACUGGAAACACUACUUCAACCCACUGCCUCCAUUUCACCUUCCACCAUAUGACAAUCCACCACCGCCGGACACCACCGCGCCUCCUCCUCCUACUCCCAGCUAUGCGCCACCGCCAUCUCCGACAUACACUCCGGCCAUACCAACUCUUCCUCCGCCCUUCCCCACCUACUCUCCACCGCCACAAAACCCGCCACCGACUUAUAGCCCUCCUCCAACUAGUCCAUCACCACCACCUUAUACCCCUCACCCUCACCCUCCUCACCACCACCACCAACCACCCAAAACUCCAACCUACAACCCUCCCUCGACUCCACCACCAACGCCAACCUAUCAGUCUCCCCCGACUCCGGUUUACACUCCUGCACCAAGUGUACCCCAAAGUCCACCACCAUCACCUCCUCCGGUCUAUAAUCCACCACCACAAAGCCCUCCUCCGACGUAUAGCCCUCUUCCACCUAGUCCGUCACCACCACCACCUUAUACACCUCAACCUCAUCCUCCUCACCACCACCACCACCAUCACCACCACAUACCCAAAACUCCGACCUACAACCCUCCCUCGACUCCACCAAAAACCCCGCCUCAAUCACCAUCACCACCAACGCCAACCUAUCAAUCUCCCCCAACUCUUCCACCACCAACUCCGGUCUACACCCCUGCACCAAGUGUACCACAAAAUCCACCACCAUCAACGCCAACCUAUCAAUCUCCUCCACCGGUAUAUAACCCGCCACCAACAACGCCAACCUAUCAAUCUCCACCAUCUCCGGUUUACACUCCCACACCAAGUGUACCAGAAACUCCACCAUCACUCCCUCCAACUCUUCCACCACCAACUCCGGUCUACACCCCUGCACCAAGUGUACCACAAAGUCCACCACCAUCAACGCCAACCUAUCAAUCUCCUCCACCUCUUCCACCGGCUUAUAACCCACCACCACCAACGCCAACCUAUCAAUCUCCACCAUCUCCGGUUUACACUCCAACACCAAGUGUACCAGAAACUCCACCAUCACUUCCUCCGACUCUUCCACCACCGACUCCGGCACCAUCAACGCCAACCUAUCAAUCUCCUCCACCUCUUCCACCGGUCUAUAAUCCACCACCCCCAACACCAACCUAUCAAUCUCCACCAUCUCCGGUUUACAAUCCGGCACCAAGUGUACCAGAAACUCCACCAUCACUUCCUCCAACUCUUCCACCACCAACUCCAGACUACAAUCCAUCACCAUCAACACCUACUUGCCAACCCGGGCUGCCUAUUCCGUCAUAUGGCUUUCCUCCAUCGCCACCAUCUCCAUGAGCAAUCUUGACAAUUAAGCUUUUACCAGUAGCUUUGUAAUGUUGUUUUUGCAUAUUUAUAUUUCCCUUGUUUUUCAAGUUGUAUUGUACUCACCUUUUCAAUCAUAUAUCGAAAUUUUAUUUAAUGGCUACAAUCCUCAAUGACUAACAUCUUUAACACAUUUCAAUCCGAUAUAUAAAAGUUAAUGCUUGCAUCUCUUUUCAUCAAUGUAUGACACUAACACAUGACAAUAUUCACUUGGCAAUUAAACAACACCAAUAACACAUAACAAAAGAAACUACAAAUUUCACAGAACAAAAAAAAUCUUAUAUCACCACAGAUAAUCAAGAACCAUUUGUAUAAAUUCAUAAAGAAAAAAACUACAAUUAUUUCACAUCAAAUGGCUUCAAGGGCCAAUCUCCCCACCAUUUUAGCCAUGGGCACAGGGCAUUUUGUAACCAUAUCCAACUUAGUAGGAUUUGAAGCAUGCCUAAAGAGGGACAACCCCAGCAAAACAAGCUCACCAAGAGAGAGUCUUGAGGAAAGGAAGCCAUGCCAGUAGUGAGGAUCAAGCUCAAAGAAGGCAUCAAAGAACCUCCUCGUCCCGUUUAAAUCGAGCUUCAACAACGUCUCCAUGCCAAAAUUGUAGUACUCCCUCACACACCUCCUCUCCACAGGCCACAACCCAUCCCAAGCCCUCUGAUAAAGGGGAGCCCCCCGGAUCAUCCUGGUCGAGCCAAGGCACUCAGCAAUGGCCCUCGCAAGCACAGGGGCGAGCGCCAUUGUCUGAGCCACCGUGUAGCCAGUAGCAGGGUGCACGAUCCCUGAAUUCCCCCCAAUCGCCAUCACACUCUGGGGGAUCCGCGGGAGGGGCCCCCCCAUCGGGAUCAAGCACUUCUCAUCCUCAACCACGGCUCUCACCCUGAUCCCCAGCUGCCUCAGCCUCGCCACCAUCCUCCUCUUCACCUCUGCAUAAGACAGCACCGGUCUGCUCACCAGCGACGUCUCCUCAAGAAACACCAGGUUCGAAUCAAAGGGCAUCGCAUACAAGAAGGUCGGGAAUCUUUCAUUGCUAGCACGUAGAUAUGGCUCGUUUCCAAGAUGAGAGUCCCUCCAAUCCAUCAACACCAUCUUGUCCAAAUCGAAGGGAUGCUCAUCAACCUCAGCAAGAAUGCCAUGAGCAAUCUGAAAGCCUGGAUUCCUCGGCUUGUCAUACUCGGUGAAAGCACUAGCAAAGCCACUAGCAUCAACAAUCAAACUAGCCCUCAAUUCAAUGCCAUCAUCACAAGAAAUUGAGGACUCAAACUCCUCAUGAUUCACCUUCCAAACCUUAGCUUUAUAAAAUUUCACACCAUGUGUUGCACAAUCAGAUAACAAUUUCAAUUUCAAGUCUUUCCUAUUGACUCUACCAUAAGCACGGUCCAAAUACUUGGUUUUUCGAUCAUCUAUAUGAACACAAGUCAUGGGCCAUUUAGCAUCCAAACAAUCCUCUAAUCCCAAGCUCUCAAACUCAUCAACCCACACGCCGUAGUUGUUGGGCCACAUGGUAAGGGGGGAAGGGUCGAGGCAGCAUACCUUGAUGCCGCGUCGGGCCACUUGCUCGGCCAGCCGCAGACCGGCCGGGCCGGCGCCGAUGACGAUGACGUCGAACCGGGAGCGGUCGGCCUGGUUGAACCAGGGGAUGUCGAAAUUCAAAGACUCCGGUUUUGAUUUGGGUUCCAAAUCAAGAAAGCUGUCGAACUUGCUGCUUUGAGCUGUUUGGGGAUUUUUUCUGAGAUGGGUGUAAGGGAUUGGAUGCAAAGUUGGAGUCUUGGCUGGGAAUGAACAUGGGUUUGAAGUGGAGAGCAGGGGUGAUGGGGUGAGAUUGAGCAGAGACGCCAUGAGAGAGACAGAGAGAGA